CCAAUCUGUCCCUACUCUCAAUUCAAUUCAAUACCCCACAUGUAAUGUAUAUAUACAAACACCCAAACAAUUGUCCGAUUCAACCCAUCUGUCAAAACCCACACACAAAUAUUCUCUCUUCGCAGAUCCCCCAUAUAAUCUGUAUAUAUAGAUACAUGUAUAUGUAUAUAUAGAGAGAGAGAGAGAGAGAGAAAAGGAAGGGCGAUUUGUAUUCAAUUCAGUCGCCUGUGUUCGAUUUGAUAGCGAUUUGGUAUAUACAUUGUGAAUUAGUUACUUACUUACUUCAAUGGCGGCACCACAAUGCGUAUUGAUCACCGGUGGUGCCGGAUAUAUUGGGAGUCACACCGUCUUACAGCUACUGUUAGGCGGUUACAAGACGGUGGUGAUUGAUAAUUUUGACAAUUCAUCUCAAGUCGCUAUCAAUCGAGUUCAAGAACUCGCCGGUGAUCAUGCUGUUAACCUAACUUUUCACAAGAUGGACAUCCGGAAUAAGCCUGCAUUAGAGAAGCUUUUUGCCUCCACAAAGUUUGAUGCAGUUAUGCAUUUUGCUGGAUUGAAAGCCGUUGGUGAAAGUGUUCAAAAGCCGUUGAUGUAUUAUGACAACAAUGUUGUCGGUACUUUAGCUCUGUUGGAAGUUAUGGAUGCCCAUGGAUGCAAAAAGAUCGUGUUUUCAUCAUCGGCUACUGUUUAUGGUUGGCCAAAGGAAGUGCCAUGCACGGAAGAGUUCCCCUUAUCUGCAGCCAAUCCAUAUGGACGAACCAAGCUCAUGAUUGAGGACAUUUUCCGUGAUAUAUAUGCUUCGGAUUCUGGAUGGAAAAUUAUAAUGCUUCGGUACUUCAACCCGGUGGGUGCACAUCCUAGUGGGCAUAUUGGCGAGGAUCCUCUCGGAACCCCAAACAAUCUUAUGCCAUUUGUUCAACAAGUAGCCGUUGGAAGGCUACCUGCACUCAAAGUAUUUGGAACCAACUACUCAACCAAAGACGGAACUGGGGUGCGUGAUUACAUUCAUGUUGCAGAUUUAGCCAAUGGGCAUUUGGCUGCGUUAAGAAAACUAUCGGAUCCACAAAUAGGUUGUGAGGUCUACAACUUGGGAACCGGUAAAGGAACGUCUGUUUUGGAGAUGGUGGCCGCGUUUGAAAAGAUGUCAGGAAAGAAAAUUCCUCUAAUAAUAGCUGGACGGCGCCCUGGUGAUGCUGAGAUCGUAUAUGCUUCAACGGAAAAGGCAGAGCUCGAAUUGAACUGGAAGGCGGAGUACGGGAUAGAGGAGAUGUGCAGAGAUCAAUGGAACUGGGUGAACAAGAACCCGUACGGUUACCAAACCAAAUAAACGAAAUGCCGGUGGAUUUCAAAAGUUACAAAGUCAUCAUAUGAGGAGGAGGUUAGAUAUAUGCUAACAACAACCAAAGUGAAACAAAUAAAAAGGUGUAGUUUAUAGUGUCAUUUUUUUAACUCCAUGGGUACCCUUUUACUCUCUUUACAAAUUAUAGGUCAGCUUCUUGUACAUGAGAUCUUGUACUGUGUUUGUGUAGUGAUGGAAAAAAGGGGCAUUACAUACAUAUAUAACAACAUUCUGUAUUUCUUUCCCUUUUUGCCCUUGCCAUAUUGGAUAUCUUAUUUUUAA